GAUGCUAGGAUGUGGCAUAGGUGACGUAAUUUCUACCACGUUGGAUGGCUCUGAUGGAACGCUCGUGACGUGGCAAAAUUUAUACUUUACAGUCUACGUAUGCGUUGGUGCAGUGAUCUAGGUGGUGUUCAUAUAAAUUAGGUUUUGUGCUGUAUCUUUUAGUUGAGACACCUUUGAAUGCGCAAGGAAAAGAAUAGUUUUGUUAUUUCAAAGCGCGCAGUUGGCUACAGCUGCAGAAUUCAUCUAGCAUUACUAGAUAGGCGAAGUAAGUAAAGUUCGGCUACUUUUCUUGUUAGCUCGCUCAAGUCAACCUACAUACCUACAGCUUCGGAAUUGGCCGACAGUUGUCCCAGUGCUGUACUAGGCGACUUUAGCCCAGGAUUUCUGACCGAUAAUGGGUCUCACUAUUUCGAGUGUCUUCUCUCGUCUGUUUGGAAAAAAGCAGAUGAGGAUUCUAAUGGUUGGACUAGAUGCUGCAGGGAAAACAACAAUACUCUACAAACUUAAACUCGGGGAAAUUGUCACCACAAUUCCUACUAUUGGGUUCAAUGUGGAGACAGUAGAGUACAAGAACAUUAGCUUCACUGUAUGGGAUGUGGGUGGCCAAGACAAGAUUCGACCCCUGUGGAGGCAUUACUUCCAGAACACUCAGGGCCUCAUCUUUGUGGUGGACAGUAAUGAUCGUGAAAGGAUACAAGAGGCUGCUGAAGAGCUACAGAAAAUGUUGCAGGAGGAUGAGCUGAAAGAUGCUGUGCUGCUUGUCUUUGCCAACAAACAGGACUUGCCCAAUGCAAUGGCCAUCAGUGACCUUACUGACAAACUGGGCCUUCAGGCACUCAGGAGCAGAACUUGGUAUGUACAGGCAACCUGUGCACCUCAAGGAACAGGUCUAUAUGAGGGACUGGACUGGCUGUCUGACGAGCUCGCUAAACGCUAAAGAUGUGGCCGUGUACUUCAUGGAGUCAUAACAACCAAGGAUAUGAUUACCAAGAUGGACCUCAGCUUGGGAGAAGAACUAUAUUGAUGUACAAGAACUGUGAUCAAACUCUGGUGCAUCUUCCCCUUUAUCCCCUUUUUACUUCUUGGCUGACAUGUUAUACUCAUGGCAAAAGAGGCUGGGAACACCAAAGCUCUCUCUGAAUGUUUUGUGUUUCGGUUUCAAAUAUGAUCCCUAGACCUUCCUCCAUCCCAGAUGCUGGCGAUCUGAAUGUGGCUUAUAGUGCAAAUACAGCCAGCUCAGAUUUUGAGGUUAGACUGUUACUUUUAGAAUAUAAACAAUCUACCAUUAACUGUUGGCAGCAGCAUUGUUAUGUUGAAGAUAGGCCAUUUUGCCAUUUUCUGGGUUUUGUCACAUUUGCUUUCUGGGCUUUUUCAUUAAAGCGUAACUCCGGAGUGAAAACAACCUUGGGUCUAUUUACGGGAGUUAACCAGUUCAAACUUUUAAUUGAGAGCAAAAUUACAGAGUUUUGAACAAGACGGUUUUUUGCAUUAACACUAAAUGGGCUUAUAGUGAAAGUUAAGGGGGGCAGCUAGCACGUCUGAAGUGGAUCUGAAGGAAGAAAAUUGCCUGGCUUUGUGUUCUGGUAGUGUCAAAUCAGUGGGCGUUCAACGUCUGCCGGCGUGGUGUAGAUCUGUAAAUGUAAAGCAUGUUUGUAAAGCAUGUUUGUAUUGUACGAUUCAGCCAGAUCUGCGCAGCGCUGCAAGAUUGAACGCGCCUGCUGAUCUGACAGUACCAAAACAUGUACUCUCUGUACACUUUCAAAGUUUACAAUACUUCGGUUUGUCUGUAGUGACCUUUACCACACUACCACAGAAGUGCAAUUUUAUUUGGAGCAUUGUCAGUGGUAUAAAAUAGUGUUUGUUUUUUGACAUUCUAGCUGGCCCCCUUAACUUUGACUAUAAGCCCAUUCAGUGUUAAUGAAAACUCCAAUUAACACAAUUUUGCUAUUAACUACCGUUAAUAGACCCUAGGUUGUUUUUACUCUGGAGAUACGCUUUAACAUAAAGAGUAUUAUUAUUUUCUAUAAUUAUCAAUAAAAUAUUUUAAAACUUGAAACAAAAAAAUAUUUUCAUCCCCAAAGGAAUUAGUAUUCCAGCAGUCAGACAAACACAGCACUCAAAUAUACAUACAUACAUAAAAAAUAUUCUAAAAAGAUUAUUCCUCUCUCUGCUCAGGGGAGAGUAAUUCUAAAGUGCCAUUGUAGUGAGUAAAAAAGUAUUUCUGUAUGUCUUUCUUACAGCAUUGUUGGCAUAGCCUCCAACUGAAAAUAUUUUGUUGUUUGACCAGUAACUUGUGUAGUGGAAGUGAUGUAUUGUCCAAUAUAUUUAACAGUUUGUGCAGCAUCCUUCUCUCCUCCACCAACUCCAGAGCUAUCCUUAGCAUAAAGCCAGCCUUCCUAAUAAGCUUAUUCAGUUCAGUGUCUGGCUGUAAUGCUGCUGCCCCAACAGAUGGCAGCAAAGAAAACUGCACUUGCAACAACACUCUGGUAAAACAAAGCAUCAACAUUUUGCUGCACACAUUAAAUGACCUGAGCUUUCUCGAGAAAUUGAGUCUGCUCUGACCCUUCUUGUA